AUGAACAUCUGGAUACAUGGCCAUAACACCUAUGCGAUAACCGGGGAAUAUUCUACAGAUAGUGAAUACGACCAACGCUACGGUUAUUACGGCCACGGAUACCCACUCAAUUACGACAAAGAUUACGAUAGUUAUGGCGACUCCGACAGCUCAGACAACUAUGAUUCGGGCAUCCGAGAGCGAGGCAACGGUAACUGGCCAGAUGAAAUCUCACCCGACCAGCAGAUUCACUGGUGUCAGAUUUAA